AUGGAUAUGGACAGUAGCAUGUCUGGAGGCCCCGGCCUCACGGAUGCCGGGCUUGAUAUGUCAAAUUACACUGUGGCCUCUGAUUUUCUAGCUGCGCUUCUCGAUGACACCACUUUGCAACAGACUGAUUACGCUAUCGCGAGGGCAUUUUGGUACGGCAUCGUGAUUGUCAUCGCGCUGGCAGGCAUUGUCAACUGGACUCAAUGGGCUCUGUUGAAGUUACGAUUGCGAGCGGCCGCGGCGAAUCGUCCCCGACCGACAAGUCCUUCGAACCCAGUCACUUCAUUCCUCGCCGGCUGCACUGCUGUAGUGCGGGAAAUUGCCUACCAUCAAAUUGCCCCUCCCAACUCCUGGCUGCGGAUACCAGCCGUCGGAUCAAUUUUACUAAUUUUGAUGUAUUUCGGGUACAUCAUGGGACUGCAGUUCUUCGAUUGGGACUAUCCUGGUGCACAGUACUGGCAAGCACAGGGUAUUCGUGCAGGCUGGCUCACGAUAGCUCAAUUCCCACUUCUCUUGCUCCUGGCUGGCAAGCAGAACUUAAUUGGGUAUGCAGUCGGUGUUUCGUAUGAACGACUACAAAUUCUGCACCGUUGGGUUGCAAGGGUCAUGCUGCUCACUGCUACCAUCCACGGUGGUGUCCAAGCCUAUGGCUGGAAUAAAUACGGGGUCAUGAAACUUGAGAUUGACACUGACAGCUGCUUUUCUACUUGGAUGAUCUUGCUUUGGCUCGUCUUUUCCGCAACUGCUCCAAUUCGCAAUUGGCGCUAUGAGAUAUUUGUGAUCCAGCAUAUCAUCACGUUUAUUGGACUUGUUGUGGCUAUCUUCUACCACUUGCCUUCAACCGCCCUCAGUUCAAGAAUAUAUGCCUGGAUCGGAGUCGGUGUGUUUGUUUUUGACCGGUUCGUCCGGACCCUUAUUUACGUAUUCAAUAACAUGAGGCCCGCGAAAUCUGUCCUCCAAAGUCUCCCGGGGGAUGUCACAAAGGUUCAGAUCACCUCUUCCCGAAUUAAAAAUUGGAGUCCGGGGCAGCAUGUCUUCUUAUCCCUUCCGAAUUUGGGACUGGGUCAAUCCCACCCCGCAACAAUUCUCUCCAUUCCCUCAUCUCAUGAAAACAAAUUGGUCUUCAUCUUGCGAGCACAUAAAGGCUUCACUCAGCGGUUGCUCCGAUCCGCCAAAUCAUCCUCUACAGAUCUUUCUCUUGCGAUUGGAGACAAAGAAGAAGCCAACAGGCAGAAUACAUUGGAAAUAAAAGAAGAGGAAUAUGUUUCCCUCAUCGGUGGUCCAUACGGCGGAUCGCAUUCCGAUUUUGCGGCUUUCGACACCGUCUUUCUCAUCGCGGGAUCUACCGGUGCUACAUUCACUUUACCAGUCCUUCUUGAUAUUGCGGCACGGUCGGCGAAACAGAAGUUGCCAGUCCGCAAAGUGGUAUUUGCUUGGGUCAUAAGGACCGUCCAAUGCAUAGAGUGGAUUUCAAACGAGUUACAACAGGCAACCAAUUUACUCAUCGAUAAUGGAGUCGAAAUUGAAGUACGAUUGUUUGUGACAUGCGAGGUUGAUCCAGGGGAAAAAGCAACAAAGAAAGCAGGAUGCAAGUGUCGAAAUAUCGAAGGACCAUGUUGCUGUUGUGAUUUGGAUACCGAAAAGCCCAAGGAUAAUUCAAGCACGUUCAAUACGUCUUCAAGUGAUGACCCAGAUAUUGAAUCAUCCCAAUUCGUUAGGCUUGGACAAUGUCAUGCAGAUACAAGCACAUCAUUACCACUCGCCUGCUGCACGGUUGAAUCCGGUCGGCCCCAGCUGAAGGCGCUUCUCUGGGAUUUACUGGAUCAUGCCCGGGGCGAAACUGGUGUCGCCGUGUGCGGAUCUCCAGGACUAGUGAGCAGUGUACGAAACACCGUUGCCACUGUUAGUGAACAACGUGGAUCAUGCAAAGGGACUGGAGCUGAGGGUAUAUAUUUACACGCGGAAGGUUUUGCCUGGUGA